UGGACAGGAUGCUUGUGUGAGGCUUUAGGGGGAAAAAGUAGUGAGUCUCAAGCCCUUUUCUGCUUGCUCAGUCACAUUCCACUCUAUUUCACAGCCCAGGAAGCCAACUGGCCCUAAGGCUCUGGUUGCCCCAGGUACCAAUGUUGGGCAGGCAAAAGUGCUGCCACCUUGUGGACAUUUUCUGUUACUACAACUUGAUCAUGGGCACACACAGGCACCUCAAUUCACAAGGGUUGUGGUUCUGUUAAUGAUAGCUGCCCUCAGGAAAUGCCGUGGAGCAGGUGUUGGCUGUCCCAAACCAGCUAAUUGUCAGGAAGCCAACUGCCAAAGGUAAAUUGUCCUUACACCCUUUAAAGAAAAAACAAAACAAAAUCAAACCUUCACUGCAAGACAAGCUGCUUAGAAUCCCUAAUGGCUGCAGGAAUGCCAAUCAAAACAACAAUGGCGAAUUUCGGUGGCGUGAGCAUCGUGCAUUACUUGAAUUCCUGCGUUUUUGCAGGUAAAAUAUGGCUAAAAGUUUACGGAGCAAGUGGAAAAGGAAGAUGCAUGCUGAAAAGAGAAAAAAGAAUGCCCCAAAGGAGCUCAGCAGACUUAAAAGUAUUCUUAAAAUAGAUGGUGAUGUUUUAAUGAAAGAUGUUCAAGAGAUAGCAACUGUGGUGGAACCCAAACAUUGUCAAGAGAAAACGCAGUGUGUGGUGAAAGAUGAAACAGAUGACAUGAAGAUGGAGACUGAUAAUAAGAGAAACAAAAAGACUCUUCUGGACCAGCAUGGGCAGUACCCCAUAUGGAUGAACAAGAGGCAAAGGAAAAGACUGAAAGCAGAACGUGAGAAAAAGAAGGGGAAAAGCAAAGCAAAAGCCGUGAAGGCAGCCAAGGGGCUGACCUGGUAGACUCUGAAAACUCGGAAAAUGCCACACGGGGCGAACUGAUCAGAGAGCAUACGUGGAUUUCAGCUUCCACCAAGUGAAAACUUUAUUUCCAUUUUUUAAACUUGGCCUUUUUCUUCAAUUCAGGCCCAACAUAACUCCUCAAAUUUAGUAACUUGAAUAAAAUAUUUUAUUUGAUGAGUGAAAGUACACUGAUAUUUUAGUUGCAUGUUGUCCUCUCUGCGGGGAUUAUCAGACAUCAGGAUUCUCUCAAGUGUUAAUACAGUUGUAAUUGUUUGGUCUUAGAAAAAGUAAAAUAUGACAUCAUGCUGACAAAUUUGAGCUAACUCAGAUUUAAAGUAAACUGUUGUUAUCACUUGAAAAAUAUGUCAGUGGAUCAUAUAAUCAGUACUUAUUUGGAGUUUUGAUUUUGUAUAAUUCAGAAUAAAAGAUACAUCUAGAUCCUGAAAAAAAAAAAAA